AUGUGUUCAUUACUCUAUAAGUUAUUGCUUCCUUUAAGUUUGGUGCUCACCUUUCAAGCGGAUCUUUACAAUUCUGAGCCUAUCUUAAAGAGAGCCCUACCAGAAUGGCACGAGACUACCACUGGUCACGCCGCCGGUCAUGUCUGGAGCGUUACCGGACUAACUUCCGAAAAAUAUAUAGUAGAUGUCAAUGAUCAAGGACCUGCCAUCCCUCUGUGGGACCUUCGUAGAAUCGAGGACAUGCCUGAUAUCAAAACCCACGGAUUCACUUAUGUGACCCGUGACUUCCCUCUGGAUGCUUCCCAAUUAGACCCACAUUCCGAAGCGCACCAAAAGAUCUUGGAAAGAGAUGCUUUGGAUCUUGUGAAAGACUUGACCAACUCAAAAUCAGCAAUAUCUUGGGGAGGCGUUCUUCGAGGCCCGUCACGGGGUUCCCAGAAGCCAUAUCGUGUGAUGCACAGUGACAUGUCACCAAGAGGGGCGGAAUUUAUCAAAUCCAGCAUGAUACUCCCGUUCUGCGAAACUUCGGAUGACGAAGACACGAAAGCAUUUGGACAGCACAUGGCCCAAGAUAAGCGCGUGGUGAUAUUCAAUGUAUGGAGACCGCUCCGAGAAGUUGGCCGCGAUCCACUUGCCCUUUGCGAUUGGCAGUCACUUUCAGAUCAAGACGCUUGGGGAAUUGUUAAUCAUCCCACAGACACUGGUAGUUCAAUUCAGGCCUGGAAGUACAAUGAGCAUCAAAAAUGGUUCUAUUUAGAUAAACAGAAACCAAACGAAGUCUUUGUUUUUGUACAACAUGAUAGUUCAGCACCAGCUGGCCAUGGGAUGAAUACACCGCAUGCUGCACCUUAUAUAUAUGAAACCCGUAGAGAGGCUCCAAGAAUCAGCUACGAAUGUAGAAUUGUUGCAAUUGUCGGUUCAGAAUUUAGGCUCGAUCAUGGUAGAACAGGUCAAGGCUUAUUUGAAAGUGUGACUCAAAGAUGA